AUGGAUUUCUUUUCUGCCACAACUUUACAAACUGAGUUUAAGAAACCUUUAAUUGAUAAAUAUAAAUCAUAUAAAUUGAUUAAAUUAUCUAAUGGAUUAAAAACAUUAAUUAUAUCUGAUCCAACAACUAUUAAUUCAUCAUGUGCAUUAUCUAUAAAUUCUGGAAGUUUUAAUGAUCCUUUAGAUAUUCAAGGUUUAGCUCAUUUAUGUGAACAUAUGAUUUUUAUGGGUUCUUCAAAAUUUCCUAAUGCAAAUGAAUUUUUCAAUAUUGUAAAUUCUUUAGGUGGUAAUACCAAUGCAUUUACAAUGGGAUAUUUAACUUGUUUUCAUUUUGAAAUUGUUAUGAAUACUAUUGAAAUUGAGGAUGAUUUUGGAUUUAAUCGAAUUUUUUCAAUUUUUAGUGAAUUGUUCAAAAAUCCUUUAUUUAAUGAUGAUUAUUUAAUUAAUGAAAUAAAUGCAGUUAAUGAUGAACAUCAAUUGAAUAUAGUUAAUGAAGAUAAAGUUUUAUAUCAUGGAUUAAGAUUAUUAUCUAAUGAAAAUCAUCCAUUUAGUAAAUUUGGAACUGGAAAUAAACAAACCCUUUUAGAGCAUAGGAAGAAGUUAAAACUGGAAGUUGUUAAAUAUUUUCAAAAUAAUUUCCAUUCUGAAAAUAUGAAUUUAGUUUUAAAAAGUAAUUUAUCUUUAAAUCAAUUGCAAAAACUUGUUAUUGCUCAUUUUCUGGAUAUUCCAAAAUUAUCAAAACAAUCUAAAAGAUUAUCUUUGAAAAAUAUAACAAAACGGAAAAGCACUACAAGUAUAAUAUCUGAUGUUUCAAUGGAUGUUUUCACUGAAUUUAAUAAAAUUUUAUUUAUCAAAAGGGAUGGUACCACUAGAUUAAGAUUAAUUUUACCCCUUGGUAAUAGGAAUUUUUAUUAUGAAGGAAUUUGGUGUAAUUUAAUUGGUGAUGAAACUAAAGGUUCUUUAUGUAGUAAUUUAAAAAAUAAGAAACUAAUUGAAUCAAUGUUUGCAUUUACUCAAUCUAUUUCAAGAUUACAAAAUAUAUUGUUGAUUGAUUUUCAUGUUAAAGAUUUAUCAAAGACUAAUGAGAUUAUUGAAUCAAUUUGGGAAUUUAUAAAUCAAAUUGUUUAUACUGAAAAGGAUAUAUUACUUCAAUGUUUGGAUGAAUAUUCAAGAGUUUUCAAAUAUAAUUCAUAUUUUCAACAAAAUGAUUUAUCAUCAAUGGAUGAAGUGUCCAAUUUAUCUGAAUUAUUACUGAUGGAUGAAGUUUCAAUUCAAGAUUUACUUCUAGGUAAUCAUUAUCAAUCUCAUGGAGGAGGAGUAGGAGUAGGAGUAGGAGGAGGAGGAGGAGGAGGAGGAAUAAAUGUUCAUGAUUUUAUAUAUCAAACUAGAAAAACUUUUGAUAAAAACAAAUUAAAUAUAAUUAUCCUUGGUGAAAAACUACCCAAAUUCUAUUCUAAUCAACCAUCUACAAUUAUCAAAGAUUCUUAUUAUAAUUUUGAAUAUCAAAUUUUGGAUUUUGAUUGUUUUCCAAUUAAAGAAGAAUUUCCUUUAUUUUAUAUUCUACAACAUAAUAGAUUUAUUUCAUUAACUCAUGAAGAAUUGGAUCAAUUAAUUGAUGAUUCUAAAAAAUCACAAUUGUUCAUUCCUGAUGAACAAAAUUCACAACCUAAAUUAUUGGAUUAUUCUAAAAAUCAUGAAUUGUGGAUAUCUGAACGAAAUUCAAUUGAUAAUUUUAUUACUUCAUCAAUACAAAUUUUAAUUUCAAAAAAUUCAGUAACAAAUUGUAUUUGUAUGGAAAUGUUUGUUGAAAAAUUGGGUGAAUUGUUGUAUUCUGAAUUUUAUCCUGGUGAACUUGCUUUAUUUUCAUGGGGAAUUUAUUCAAAUUAUGGAAUUUGUCCAUCUUUACAAAUUUGUAUUUGUGGUCCUAUUGUUGGAUAUCAAAUUUUUAUCACCAAAUUUAUCAAUCGAGUUUAUGAAAUUAUUUUUUAUGAAAUACGUAAUGUUGGCUAUAAAAAAUUUGUCAUUUUAAAGAAUAAACUACGACAAGAAUAUGAAAAAUUGCAAAGUGGUGAUUCAUUACAACAAGUUUUAGCAGGGAGUACAUUAUUAUUGGAACAUGGGAUUUUUAAUAUUGAAGAAAGAAUUGAUGCAUUGGAAUUGAUGGAUACAUCUAUAUUAACCAAUGUUCUGAAGAUGAUUGAAUAUGAUUUUAAAUUGACUAAAAUAUUAAUAUCUGGUAAUAUUGAUGAUGAAUAUGCAUUUGAAAUUAGUAAAAUUAUUAAUAAAUUUUCAAAUCAUUUAAAAAUUUAUUUAGAAUUUCCCAUUUUCCCACAACCUUCAAGUAUUUUAUUGAAAUCUGGUAAAAGUUAUAAUUUUACCGUUGAGAAUAGGAAUGAAUUUGAUUCUAACGAUGUGGUUUAUCAUUAUAUUCAAAUUUGUCAACGACAAGAUGAAUUUUCAAGAAGUUUGGCUCAUUUUUUGGCAUUUUUAAUGUCACAUGAUAUAAUGUAUAAAUUACGAACCAAGAAACAAAUUGGAUAUGUUGUUCUUAGUGGAGUUCGAUAUAAUAAACAAACUAUGGGGAUUUAUAUUUAUGUUUCAAGUAGUAGUUUUACUUGUGUUGAAAUUAUGAAUGAAAUUAAUCAAUAUUUAUUUGAAUGGGAAUUGGAAUUGAUUAAUAUGACACGUGAUGAAUUGAUUGAAAAUAUUAAAUUAUUUAUUGAAAGUUUGGAUAAUUCACCAGAAGGAUUACCACAAAAUAUCUUGUAUGAAACACCACCAAAUUGUCAUAGUGAUAAUUUUACCAAUAAUGAUAGUUUUGAUUUACAUAAGAAUUAUUUUGAAAAAAUUGUUACUAAAAAUUAUCGAUUUGAAAAUUCUAAAGGUAUUGAAGAUGUCAACAAGUUGUGGAUUGAAACUAUUGAUUAUGAUAAAUUUAUAAAAUUUUUCCAAUUUACAAUAUCUAUAAAAUCCUCAUUAAGAUCAACAUUAUCAAUAUUUAUAUCUUCAGAAUUUGGUAGAUCAAUUCAAUCAAGUAAUGAUUCAAGAAAGCAAAUUAAUGAUUUAUUACUUGAAAAUAAUUAUCAUUUAACAAAUUUACAAAUUGAUACAUUAUUGUCAGACUCAGGUAAUGAUGUGUAUAAAAUUAUUAAAAAAUUACAAUCUUCAGGAUAUAAUAUUCAAUUACCUAAAUCUACAAAACCUUCAAAAUUGGCUAAUUUGUUGUUGUCAAGAAGAAGAAGUUAUUCCAAUAAUGGGAAUUCAUUAUCGAAAUUACAAUCAAUUGCAAUACAAAAAUUUGGUGAUGUAUAUUCUAAUAAAGAUGUUACUAUAAAACCAACUGAUAUAGUGAAUAAAUUGCAAAUUCAUAAUGAAUCAACACAACUUGUUACAAAUAAUAAUGGUUGUUUAACUACUUUGGAAAAAUUUGCUACUCGAGAUGAUGAAACUAUAGAUGAUUUAGAUAUGUUGCUAUACUAG